AUGGUCGUCCCUAGGGUGAGAGGUCGUGAGUGUCACUGUUCAGCAGCGGUUGUCCCAAGGAUGAGACUCCAUGUGUCACUCUUCAGCAGUGUUCGUAACAACGAUGAUGAACUAGCCUACGACAGUAAUUCCCGACGCUCAUCCCUCGGGGCGGACUCUGUCCUAGAUCAAGACUUCAGCGAAGAUGGACCCUUGGACUCUAGCGUUACUACUCUCUCGUCCCUGGAGACUGUUCUGGGUAUCCAGUACGCAGAUGACAUAUUCGCCAUCAAUAAGGCCAUGGAAAGUCGAUAUCACAUGUCUCGAUGCAUGGCAGACCAACCUCAGGUUACAGAAAACAUGCGUUGCACCUUGGUCCACUGGCUUAUCAAGGUCAACAAUCAGCUCAAGUUUGGCCCAGAAACUGUGUUCGUGGCCGUCAACCUGGUCGACCGCUUUCUGGCAGUGACUCCCUUGGCCCAAGAUUGUUUUCAGCUGCUGGUUGUGGCAACGCUCUUCAUUGCAGGCAAGAUGGAAGAAAGUGUUGUACCUGGGAUCAGUGAGUUGGUCUCCAUAUGUGGCGGAGUGUACCGCCAUCACCACUUCCGGCGCAUGGAAGUCCUCAUCCUGUCCAAACUUGAGUUUGCGUUAUACGGCCCCACCAGCUGGUAUUUCCUCGACCACCUGGCGAUGAAGGCGGCACAGACAGGCAUGAUGGACAGGCGGGUGGUGAGCGUGUCUAGGUACGUAAUGGAGACCUGUCUUAGCAGUUACGAGGUCAGCCAGUUCCUGCCCAGUGUGCAAGCAGCAGCGGCACUCUCCUGGCUCUGGGUAUUGUCCCCAACCCAUCCACCUCACGCACCAUACACUCCCUGCUGUGUGAGCUGUACACGUCCGAGGAGCGGAGGGAAGCUUCAGUGUGUUCUACUCUCAUGAGCCGCUACAUGGCGCCCUUCCUAGACUCCAUUUCUCCUGCCACUACUCACAACCACUUCAACUCUGGGCCCAUCCCUCCAGCGACACCCGACGGAAACAAGGCAGCCACACAAUGAUCAUUCUUCAGGCGAUCACCACCUGGGGGGUGUAGAGGGUUAAAUUUACAUUUCCUCGGAAGUGUUGAAAUCCCUCAUUACCAGCUUUGGCUAGUUUCAAUACCUUUUUUUUUUAAGGUUGUAAGCUUCUAACUGUUGGAUGACCAAAUGAAUGAGCUACAAUUAAACAUUAAAAUUAGGCAUUUCAAAUGUUUACCAAAAUUUUAGUGACACUUUUGUUCAGGUGGUUCUCCACUACGCGGUGUGCCGCGGACUCGCUCUUCCACCUCUGCCUUGCUAGUGACUACUCGUGUUAUCGCGGCUGAGAAUAGAACUUGUCACUAUAUGCCGUGCACAAGUAGGUACAAAACGUAACAAGGUGGCCUCUCCCACACUGUACACCGUCUUCAUCAUAGUGUAUAAGAGGUGAAGGCAAGGAUUAUUUCGUGUAGACAACUUUUCUAAGGCCUAGAUUCUUUGUUUUAGGGUUAAUUCUAUGAAAGUAUCCGCAAGAGAUGAAUAUGGCACGCGACGAUGGCAUUGUGAACCUGAAGAGUUUCUGGCUAAUUUGAUUUUGCGUGCACUACAGGAGUUUACAUGCUAGCUAAUAGGAUGAGAGGUCCAAGAAUGACCUCAACGUCCGCAAAUUACGCUAGGUUGAUACACCGAGAAACAUUUAUAUAAAUAAAAAUUUGAUCCAAGGUUAAUUUAUUGGUAAGAGAACGUCAGUAGGCGCAAGGUUCCUAUUCACUGAUGCUGUUUUUUUUUUUGUUGGAAAUUAUUGUUACUAGUUUUUGAAGUUUUUGGCGGUUUAAUGUUUCAGCUUUCCUCACCCUGGCACUCGCCUUAGGGUGUUUAAAACUUUAUGGAGAAUGUGGUCAAAACGUAAAGGUUGCAGUGCCUGGGGAAUGGAAGGCAAUAAGGUUUAAUAAGGAGAGUAGCUCAAGUAGAGCAAGAACUCUUCAAUAUUCCGUCCGUGAAGGGUAGUUCAGUAAAUUCCCUAAAUCCGCGGUGAUGGAUAGAAGAAAAAUUGGUGUAGACUUGUAACUUAAAACACAUUGUAGCCCUUGUGGCUUAGCGCUUCUUUUU